UACCUGUUAACAGGUGUAUUCAGUUGUUUCUUCGGGAGAGGUUGAGGAUGCAUCUUUUCAAAGGGAGUUUUAACAUUUAUACCGAGAAAGAAUUUGGGUUAUAGUAGGCUAAAUUCGUACUUCUGAUAAAACACACUGAAAUAGUUCUGAAAUCUGCUGGAACCAUUUUAUCAACGCUUUGCAAGAUUGAUUUGCAUAAAUCUUGGCACAACAUACGGGAAUUCUCGAACAGUGGAAAUACAGUAUCCAGAAAGGGUCAGUCUGGAUGGGAAAAACCUCGAUAUGACGGAGAAUCGUGUUUGAUGACAUCAUUUCAUCAUCCGAUGUUAUAGAAAUAAGUAGACUUUUCAAACAGGAUGGCAUUUAAGCGUUCGUCUUCCAUGAAGACCAGGCUGGUCAGGGACAUCCAGCUUCAGGAGAUGGAGAUGGAGGAAGAGAUCAACACCAGUAGCAAUAAUAACACUCCGGCCGAAGCCCAAACAGAACCAAAAUGCUACACCGUGGAGGAAGCUGUGGAGAGAAUCGGAUUUGGACGCUUCCAUAUUCUGCUUUUUGUCAUCAUGGGUAGUGCCAAUAUAGUGGAAGCAAUGGAGAUCAUGUUGCUGGCUGUGGUUUCUCCUGAGAUCCGCUGUGAAUGGCAUCUAGAGGAUUGGCAGGUGGCCCUAGUCUCCACGAUGGUGUUCCUCGGUUUUAUGGUCUGUGGGGUCCUCUGUGGUUAUGUUGCCGACAAAUAUGGACGUUGGAAGGUGGUGUUUGGUGGCUUUAUAUGGGCGUCUUAUUUUUCUCUGCUCACUUCAUUCUCUCCAUCGUACGGUUGGUUCAUCUUCCUGCGCUGUAUGGUGGGCUGCGGUGUCGCGGCCACAUCUCAAGGGUUUGUUUUGAAGACUGAAUUCAUUCCAUCCAAAUACAGAGCGUCUCUGCUGCCUCUUGCCUCAGUCUUCUGGAUGCUGGGAUCUAUGCUAAUUAUUAUUCUUGGUAUGACGGUGGUGCCCACAAUGGGCUGGCGCUGGAUGAUCCGUUUUUCUAUCAUCCCCAGCAUAAUACUCAUUGGACUCUUCAUGAUUAUUCCUGAGUCUGCAAGGUUCCAGGUCUCAGCGGGAAACAUACAAGGGGCCUUGUCUACACUUAACUGGAUCGCUAGGAUGAAUGGCGCCACCUUACCAGAAGGAGAACUACGGGAAUCUGAAUUGACUGAAAGAGGAAAUGCCAUCACUCUGAUCAGCCCGGCUUUUAGAAGAACAUCACUUUUGCUGUGGUACUCGUGGUUUGUGGCCUCCUUCUCUUAUUAUGGCUCGGUUCUAAGCAGUUCUGAGUUACUGGAGAAGAAUCUUCUGUGUAUGACGGACGCUGAUGCAGAGCACCAGAUCAAACACAACCAGGAGGAGGCGCUGUGUUACUGCAUCCCCUUCAACAUGGCUGACUACCAGACUCUCCUCAUCAGCUGUUUGGGCGAGGUGGCACUCAUACCCCUCAAUAUUGCUUUGUUAAAUAUAUUUGGGCGGAAGCCCAGCUUGGCCAUACUUCAGGUGAUGUCUGCCUUUUUCUUCAUGAUCCUUAAUAUUUGCACAACAAUGUUUGGUUUCACUGUACUGCUUUUCCUUCUCCGCUCUGUGGUUUCCAUGAAUUUUAAUGUGGUCUAUAUUUACACAGCAGAGGUUUAUCCUACAUCUGUGCGCUCAAUUGGAAUGGGCUUUUGCACAUCCUUCAGUCGAGUUGGGGGAAUGAUUGCACCUUUUAUAGCACAGGUGUUGAUGUCUAAGUCUGUGAUUCUGGCCCUGUCACCGUUCGCCGUAGCAUGUGUGAUUUGUGCGGUUGGAGUGGUAUUUUUGCCCAUUGAGACCAGAGGACGUGCAUUAUUACAAGAUGCCUGAAAUAUGCCCAAUGGAAAUGAAGGACAAUUGCACUUUUGUAACAAAACAUGAUCUCAUAUUAAAGCUGGAAACAUUUUCUAUGAAUUUUUAUGUUGCAUGUGUUGGGUUCUUCAUAAAUAAUUAUGCAAAAUCUGUUAAAACACCUUUUUCUGUUUUGGCCUAUUUCCUAUAUUUUAACAGGAAGUUGGAAAAGGACACAUCAAAGCCCGGUAAAAACACAAUUUACUACUUGCUAUAGUCAGUGGGAGGUAGGAUUGAAAAAGGGAACGAUCUUAUGCCACUUAGCAGUUUAUUGAACAAAACUUUCUAUAUGCUCUUAUGAACAAUAUUUUUAGUCCAUUUUUCCAAAUGUGUAAGGAAUCUGCUCAAAUUUGUUUUGUUUUAGUCAUAGUUUUUAAC